AUGACUGAAUUUAUUAUCCUGGGACUUUCCAAUAACCUGCAGAUGCAGAUUUUUCUCUUCCUGGUGUUUUUAGUUGUCUACCUAGUCACGCUUUUGGCAAACAUGGUGAUCAUGGUGGUGAUAAGGUCUGAUCCUCACCUUCACACCCCAAUGUACUUCUUCCUGUCUCAUUUAUCCUUUGUUGAUAUCUGCUAUUUCUCAGCCAUUGUCCCUCAUAUGUUGGUGCAUUUCCUAGCAGAGCACAAAACCAUUUCUGUCAAUAUCUGCAUUGAACAGAUGUUCUUCUUUUUUCUACUAGCUGCUACUGAAAUUUGUAUUCUCUCAGCGAUGGCUUAUGAUCACUACGCUGCCAUCUGUGACCCACUGCGUUACAUGAACACAGUGAGCACAAGGACCUGUGUUCAGCUGGAGAGUGGUGCAUAG